AUGUUUUCUUCUCCGUCGUUGUUCGUGGCAGUGAAGGACUCCAUUGAUGAUCAAGUGGAAGAUCCUAAAAGAUUUCCGGGUGAAAUUAGAGUCACCGUCGAGUACCUCCUCCGAUCGGAUAACCGGUUCAGAGAGAUGAUGAAGGCCAGGGAAUUAAAACAGGCUACCCCUGUGAAUCUAGCACAACAUACAUAUUGGAACCUUGGUAACCAUGACAGUGGUGACAUCUUGUCCGAACAAGUCCAGAUUUUCGCCUCCCAUGUCACGCCUGUCGACAAAAACCUUAUCCCGACAGGCGUAAUUUUGACCGUACGAGGAACUCCAUACGAUUUCCUCAAACCGCAGACGAUCGGGGGAAAGGUUACGACAAACUACAUCAUCGACUGA